GUCAUUAGGAAUGGUAUAAAUAAGGGUGUAGUUUCCGACCGGAGCCCCUUUAAUGACGGACCAACCUCAGAAACUAGGCCACCACCAAGCACACACAAAGAACAUGUUACAGGUAAAAUCCAAAAACUUGGCUAGAAUGUCCAGCCAGGUGGUCUCAGUUGACAACGCUACAGUCGUCAUCCAAAUAAAUCCACAAAUAGGCCAAGAAAGUGCUGAAGGACAAGAUAAGAGAGGAACUUAUUACAAUGCACCCCUCCAAAGGUUUCUUAAAGUACAACCAAAGUCACUUGGGAUUGUGCAGAUUAUGAUUGGAGUAGUGACCCUGCUGACUGGUAUUGUGCUCACCAUGAAUGCCCGAAAUUUCAUUUUAACUGUCUUCAGUGGCAUACAUUUCUGGGGAUCCUUCAUUUACAUCAGUGCUGGUUCUCUGUCUGUUGCCGCAGAAUAUAAACUUCAUUCAUGUGUGGUAAAAGCUUCGCUUGGAAUGAAUGUGGUCAGUGCCAUAACCGCAGGUGUAGCUAUUAUUCUGAUGUCCAUACAACUGCCACUUUUUACAUAUUGUGGAUAUUACGGAGAAUAUAAUAUGUAUUCAUGUUCAUAUCAGGUUUUAGGUCAUGGGAUCGUUGGAAUAUUGCUGGUGUUCUCCGUCCUUCAGUUCAUCCUCUCCAUCUGCAUCUCGAGUUUUGCCUGCAAAGCCACCUGUGAUACAAACUAUUCAGUGGCCAACGUUUCAUUACACUAGAGGGUUCCAGAGAAAGAAACAUCUCCACUUAACAUGCAGCAACCACCAAGGGGAAAUUGAAAGAAUGGAAAGAAAAUUCUUAAGAUCAAAUAAAAAAAAUGGAGGCCUUUUCUAAAGAUUUAUAAAAAAUAAAUUGUCUUUAUGGCA